UUAUUUUUUAAUUGGGAGAGAAGCAAGCAUUUUUUGGCAGCUUGCACAAGAGUUCCCUUUGUUGGCACAGAUGUUUCAAGGUUUCCAAAGUUGAGUGCAUUGCUUGGGCAAAGACGAUGUCUGGCCAUAAUCCCCAAGAGUUUACUUUUGGUAGAAGGCAACCUCCAACAUGUCCACCACCAAUGAGAGGAGGCCCAAGACCCUCACACCCUUCCCGACAACGGCUUCCUGGCCCAGAUCAAGGGGAGAUGUGGUAUGGUCCUGCAACAGAUCAGUUCAACCAGGAGACUAGACCAUUGAACAAUUUACCUGGUGAUGCUCAAGGACAGCAUAAUCUCUGUCCUCCAUCUCAUCCUCAGUUUCCUCCUCCUUGCUUCCCUCCUCUUGGAUAUUGUGGCUUUUCUCCAUUUCCUCCAACUUUUCCACCGCUGAUACCUCCUCCAGGUCCCAUCCCUCUAGAUGCCCCACCACCUUACACACCGUAUCCAGAGCCAGCAGAGUUGCCCCAACAUCCAGGCCCAGGUCAUGUGUGUGAUCAGGCUUACGACAAACCUCAGGAGUCAAGUAAACCCACUGGUUUGCCACAAAGUGAUAACUCUUUGAAUCUUAAUGAAACAGUCAGAAGAGACCAUCGCAAGGAUGACAGAGAUAAGCAAAGAUAUGACCAACCAGGGAGAUUUCGAGAUCUUGACCAAUCAAGGAGUCGAACUCGGGAUGAUAGGUCAAGCAUUAAGGCAAAAAGAAGUAAUGUAGGGCCUAGCCAUGCUCAAAGUUCAGCAACAUCAAGAAGUCCUCGUCAAAUGUCAAGAAGAUUAUCCCCAUCUAGAGACAGAUCUCCAAGGAGACGUAGUGGAUCACCAAGACAAUUGAGAUCUCCAGUGAGAAAAAAAUCACCUAGUUUGAGAAGGUCACCAGCUAGGGGUUCUUCCUCAAGACAUAAUAGGUCCCCAAGACGUAGUAGAUCACCCUAUGAUAGAAGGUCACCUCAUAGACUAUCAGAAAAAUGGAGAUCUAGGAGAACAAGAUCUAGGUCACCAGCUCCAGGAGAAUUGAAGGCAGACUGCUCAAGGCAUGAUCAUUCUCUAAGGAGACAGAGAACAUCUCAGUCACCAAGCAAACGAAGUGAGCAAGAUGACACAAGUAGAUACACAGACAGAAGAAGACACAGGAGACGAUCCCCCUUAAACCAAACUAAACGAUGGGAUGAACUUGAAGCUAAGACAGCCGCCCUCGAGGAAUCCUACAAACCACUCACUUUAACUGCUGGUGCUGAUCAAGGUGACAAGAUGGAUGAUGCUGCAACUGAAGAUGAUCCACCUUGGAUACAAUGUUCACCUAGAGGAAACUUCUACUCUGCAGAUCCUAAAAUGCAAAAGAAUCAAUCUUCAGUUUCUGCGACUGAUAAACUCAAAGACUUGUUGGGCAGAUUUCAAGAAGAGAUUGUCAACAGAGGACCAAAAGGAAGAGCUGUACAACCCAAGCUUGAAGUGCCUCAGCCAGAUGUCCACUGGCAUGUCCAUAAAGAUAGUGAUGCUGAUAUGUCAGAUGAAAGUUCAUCUUCAUCUUCUGAGGAGGAGGAUGAAAGUGGAGGUGAUCCUCUGGCAUUCCUUAAAAUGAAAGAGAAGCAUCCAGCUAGACUGGCUGAUAACCUUUAGUUCAAUGAUCUAGGAGAGGUAAGCCACAACCAAGUAUCCAGCUAGACUGGCUGAUAAGCUUUGGUUCAAUGAUCUAGGAGAGGUAAGCCACAACCAAGCAAAUCAUAGUUUGGAGGCAAAGCGGUUGUUAGUUUUUAAUCCAAAUAUAUUUCAGUUCAUGUACAUCAUUUCAGGGAUUCUUUGGAUUGAAAAAUGUUCCAUGU